GACAAAUAAACCAUAUAUUGUUGGACACAGAGGCGCUAGCUAUUCAUAUACUGAAAACACUAUAUUAUCAAUCGAGCAAGCGAUAGCUGAUGGCGCUGACGCCAUUGAAUUUGAUAUUCAUCUAACAUUAGAUGCUGAAAUAAUUAUUCUACAUGAUUCAUCAUUAAAUCGUACAACAACAGGUAAAGGUGAAGUAUCGACCAGUAAUUUCAAUGGAUAUAUUGAAUUCUUGACUACCAAGAAACCACCUCACUGUAAGAUUCCUAGGUUUCAAGAUAUUUUAGAUAUUUUCUUGAAGCCAAAAAAUUCUAAGAUUUGGGCAGUAAUUGAUGUAAAGUUAGAAAAUUCGCCUAUGAUUCUAAAGGUACUUUCAAACAUUUUAAAACAGCGUGGUGAUUUAAGUAGUUUUAUGGAUAGGUUUAUUCUAGGUAUUUGGCAUCCAAAAUUUUUGCCAUUUGCUAGACAGUACUUACCUGAACUACCUAUUGUACAUAUUGGUUGUUCGUUGAAUAUUGCUAGGAAAUAUUUUUCUAAUGUUGAUGGUUACAAUAUUCUUUUUGUUUCUCUGUGCAAUAAUGACGGGAAAAAGUUCAUUAAUGAUGCUCACGAACUAAGUAAACCAGUAUUUGCUUGGACAGUAAAUAGGGAAAAAUAUGUAGACGAUUGCAAUAAUUGUGAUGUUGAUGCUAUAAUGACCGAUAAGCCAAAAUAUUUU